AUGAGUGAACCGCGAAGUGCGCCUGGAGCGUGUUAUCCUGGACCCAGCAGCACCAACUGCAUGAGCUUUAUCUCAGCUGGGGGUGGAAACUCACAAGGGGAAAUUGGAAGUGGAUCUAACCAUGGUCAGAGACACGUGGCAGACACUAUUCUCGCUGGUGGGAAUAAAGGCAUGGAGGAGAAAGGUGAUUAUAGAGGAAGCAUCGCGAGCAGCCUUGGCAGGGUGGCGAGCAGUGCGACGAGGCUGACAAGUCGGUUCAGCAACCUGUUUCGGGACAGUGUAGCGGCGGGGAACACUCCUAGAGACAGCUUCAGUGGCAUGAUGGGAUGGAGAGCUGGCGGGGACGCUGGUAGCAACGCCACUGCAGGCGGCAGGAACAGCAGCGUGAGCUGGGUCAUCAAGGCCCGGGACUCCGCCGCUUCUGCUGCUGCCACUGCUGCGUCAGCUGCAGCUGCAGCGGCUGUGUCUCUGGCGGCUGCUUCAGCUGCGAGCAUGGCAGGGCAGAGGGUGGCGAGGCAGGAGAGUAAGGAACUGGAGGGCUGUGGUAGUGAUGAGGACGAGGAGACGGAGCAGGAUGAGAGCUCCAAGGUCCAAUUGGAACCACAGCUGCUCUUCAAGUUCCCCCCUGGCAAAAAGCUCGCUCUCUCUCCAUCGGAUCUGCCAGGAUUCUGCUUUCCCAAUGGUAUCAAAGCCACUGUGCUGCGCCGAAGCCCUUCCAUGAGCGACCUACACCGAGUCAUUUUUGGACAGGCAUACCAGCGCUCUGACAACUCUGCAUUUGUCUUUCUUCUCAAGGUGGCCAACAACGAAACACUGUACGGGGUGUGCAUGGUGGUGGAGGAGAUAGUGCAGCGCCCACCAGGCGUGCUUGCAGUGGCAGGCGACGGGGCCGUGUGGAGAGAUGCUGAUGACGCCGACGCAGCCACGCACACGCAGGGAAGCCGAGAAAUGGCGCCAGAGGAGGCGGCCGAUGGUGGCGUUGGGGAAUAUGGGGUCGGUGCGGGGGGUGGGUUGCGGUGUGUGGUGACGGCGCCGCGGUGCUACUGCAUCUUGAGCCGUGUGCCCUGCAUUGAGCUGCACUUUGAAGUGCUCCGCAGUGUCCUAGUGCAGGAGCGUCUGGACCGAAUCAAGCAGCACAGCGGCGCCAUAGCUGUCCCCAGAGGCCUCUCCAUGCCCAUGCCCAUGCCCACGCACAAUUUCAUGUCUCGGACUGCCAGCAUCGGCGCUUCUCUUCAUCUUCCCUCCAUAAGCAGUCGCACUGAUGCUAUGGCUGCUGCUGCUCGUAGGCUUGGCAAUGCCUCGGGUGGUGCUGUUGGUGGCCGCUGCGGUGGUGCGAUUGCCAGUGGGGGUGUUGGUGGCGCUGCUGCUGGUGGGGGUUCCAAGAGCAGAGGUGGGUUGGUGAGGGUGAAGAGUAGGUUCUGUGAGGAGGACGUGGGCGCAUGCAGGGCGCAGGGAGGGCAGGAAGGAGAGGCACCACAAGCGGGAGUAGCAGGACGUGAAUUUGAGGGGAGGGGAGACUUGGAAGAGGCGAGGGGGGUUUGCAGACCGGAAGCCAGAAGGCAGGGGGUUGCGGCACAUGAACAUUAUCCAGUGCAAGGGGCAGAGCAUGGGAGCUUUUGCAGUGAAUACGAUGGGGAAGGAGUGGGAGUGCGAGGGCGGGAUGAGGGUUGGGGGGAGCAUGAGGGGAGGGAGGGAGAAGGCGAAGGGGCUGAAAAGUCUGAAGGGGAUGAGGGUGGAGAGAGGGGAGCGUGGCAGUCGACCGUCAUCCCUCUCGCGUAUCUGCAGCAGCUGCACUUGAACGCAGCAGCAACCUCUGAUCGUGCUCUUGCUCGUACCAUCAGCAGCAGCAGCAGCAGCAGCAACGCCGUAGAGGGGAGAGAAAGAAGGCCUGAAUUUGAAGCGGCAGCAGGCUGUGGCAGUGGCGUAUUGAAUGUCACGUUCGCAGCAGGCAAGGGGGAAUCCGGGCGGAAGGGGGAGCGGGGCGCAGGACCUCCCGGAAUGAUCCGCGCGCGGAGCGUCCGGCUGCCAGGCAGCGGAACCGGCGGUUUGCGCAACGCCUUCCCUGGUGCCCCAGCUGUAGCGGAACCCGACAGCUCUACUGAUAGCGAGACGGGCUUUAACGAGGACAGCUCUGAAGCGAGUGACGACGUGAGCGGCAAGGCGGGGAGCAGGCGGAGGGGAGGGGAGGAAGCGGGUGCUCGGUUGGAUGUGGGGGGCGGACGGCAGAUGCAAGACGCGGACUCGGAGCUCGAAGCGCCUCCUGCGCGCGCCGCAGGCGAGGGAGCGGGGGAGGGGGAGGCAGAGGGAGAGGGAACGGAGGAGGGGGAGGAGGGGGGGGAGGUUGAGGAGUGGGGGGGGAGGGGGGAGGAUGGGGAGGGCAAUAUGGGCAGAGAGUCAGCGUACGACGAGGAGGAGAGGCUGUUGCGCGAGGUGGCGGAGAUUCUGGACCUGUGGGAGCAACGCGGAGAACGGGGGAGCGCAGGCGGAAGCGGAGCGGAAGCGGCGGGCGGAGAGGAGACAGGCGCGCAGGUUUGGGCUCCGGACGGGGGGGAGAGUGCCGGGAAUGGGGCGGAAGGGGAGGAGUCAGGCGCGGGGGUUUGGGGCUCAGGCGGGGAAGCGCAUGCGGGAAAAGGGGCAGAUGGGGAGGCUCUUGCGCGGAAGGAAACAGAGGCGGAGGGGGAAGCAAUCGGGCCUUUAGAAGGAAGACGACGGGGGGCUGGAGAAGGGAAUGGGGGGGAGGAGUGCAGCAGCAGCGAGCGCGGGAGUGGCAGGAGCAGCGGCAGCAGUAUCAGCAGCAAUUUGAGACCUCUGGAUUGGUCGCGGCGAAUGCGGAGGAGCACGUCGCUUGCGGGCAAGGUGAAGAAAGCGUGGAUGAGCGUGGGCGAUGGACGAGGGUUCGAGGCGCGCACGCCCAGCGGAAAUCUCCCCGCGGCUAACGAGUUGAGCUGUAACGCGGACGGCAGCGCGAGUGGCCGGGCACAUGGGCAAGGAAGCGCGGAGCAUUGGGCGAGGUGGCGAGAGUGGGAGGAGUGGGGGUGCGAGUCCCCGGCGAGGAGAGCACGGGGAGAGAGCGCGAGGCAGGGAGGCAAGGCAACGAGCGGCAGCGUCUUCGCGGGGCUGCCGGGACUGUUCCGCAACCUCACGACCACUGGCGCUAGCCGCAGCAGCAGUCGAAACAGCUACCAGUGGCUGGAAGAAUGCGCUGCCCUGGCUGCUUGGGAGGUUGGCGGGUGUCGGGCAGGGAGGGCGGACGGGGGGAGCAGCGCAGGCAGGGCGGGCGGAGACGGCAGGGCAGGUGGGGGGGACAGUGGGGACGAGCGGACAGGGGGAGGGGAUGCUGUAGGGUGGCGGGUGAGGGGUGAGAGAGUGGGAGUGGCGGUGGGAGUCGACGGCCUGGAGGAGGGAGGGAUGGAUGAAGAAGAGGCGAAGGGGGAGGUUGUCGGGGGCGAGUGUGGGGCAGGGCAUGCAGGAGGGUGGUGUGUGUGUGAGGAGGGCAGUGCGGGCGUGGAGCAUGCGGGAUAUGUAGAGGUGCGCCAAGUGAGUGGGGGUAAGGCCAGGCUGGACGAAGGCAAGAGGGAAGGGGUUGGGGAGGCGGAGAUGGCGCGGGAAGUGGGGGAGGGGGAGCAGGGGGAUGCGAGUGCAGGGGAGGACAGUGUGGAGCAGGAGGAGAGGCAGAUGGUGUGGGAGAUGGGGGGGCAUGCACAAGCAGGCGGGGACUAUGGGGCGGCUGCUGUGGAAGAAUGGGCUCAGCAACACGGCAACGACUCGCUACGCAUUGUGUGCGCGUACCACCGCAUGCCACUGCCCCCUCCCGCGCAGCCCAUUGUCUUCCAUCCCCUCCCCCACCAGCAACCCAUUGUCUACUCCCGCCCCAUCCUCCCUCUCCCCCGCUCCCUGCGGCCCCUCUCCCCUUCCUCCUCCUCCUCCUCCGCCUGCUGCUCGCCCUCUUCCCAUCCCUCCUCGCCCUCCCCUCUCCUCAACACACACGUGUCUGCUGUUGUGGCGGAGCACCAAGCCAACUCAGAGGAAGCCUUGGGCUUCUCUCCUUUCUCCGUCGUCUCUCUCUGCCGCUGCCUCUCCCUCGACAAUGUUUUGCUCUUCCUCGCAGCAGUGCUGCUAGAGAAGCAGGUCGUGGUCAUAUGCCCCAACAUGAGCCUGCUCUCCUCUGCGGUGCUGGCUAUCGUGCCUCUCAUCCGCCCCUUCAUCUGGCAGUCCGCCCUUCUCCCAGUCCUUCCUUCCCAGCUGCUGCCAUUCCUCGACGCCCCGGUCCCCUUCGUGGUGGGCCUGCAGGCCCCCAUGGUGUGCGUGAGAGAGAGGGCCUCCUCCCUUGUUAUAGUCAACCUCGCUAAGAACAAGGUGUGUCUCCCCUGUGACCUGCCGCUCCUGCCAGAGCAGCAGGACCUGGCAGCCUGCCUACUGCCCCACCACGCUGUCAUGGCAGGGGAUGCCGAUGCUGCCACCCGACUCGUCUUCCGCACCACUCCAGAGCAGGCGCGGGCAGCAGAGCACUUUCAAUCAAGUCUGCUGGCGUACUUCCACUCCUUCUGUGCGUCCAUCCGCUCGUACACAGUCACGGCCAUCGGAACCACGGGGGAGAGAGUAGGGGAGUAUCUGAACGCGAAGGUGAUAGAAGGGGAGACCAUGAGCGCGAAGGUGGUGCGAAGAUGGGAGAAGAUGAACGCGAUGGUGGGGGAAGGGGAGAACGUGAGCUCGAUGGCGGGGGAAGGGGAGAACGUGAGCGCGAUGGCGGGGGAAGGGGAGAACGUGAGCGCGAUGGCGGGGGAAGGGGAGAACGUGAGCGCGAUGGCGGGGGAAGGGGAGAACGUGAGCACGAUGGCGGGGGAAGGGGAGAACGUGAGCUCGAUGGUGACGGGAAGGGGAGAAGGUUCUGCAAAGAGCGAGAGAGGUUAG